UAGUGUGAAAGCAUAGCAUUGCAGUCAAUGUUUGGCAAACAUAGGAUUGAUUUGAAUUAGUGUAACAUUGGAUGUGAUCAUCACUUUAACCACAGAUUGCAUUGUCGAUGAUUGUGUAAAACAUUGAGUGAUUGCAUUGAAUGUCAAGACAUGCAAUCAUCAAAAGUACUGAUUUUGCUUUUAAAUGCUAUCCAUUUGGUGAUUGCCAGUCACGCCGGGGAUCAAGUAGUUGAUCAAAGCUAUGGCCAACAAGAGUCAGACAAACAUAUUAUUGGCUCUAAAGAAGAGUUUCGUAUACUUUUGAAACAGAAACGAUCGCAACAGUUGGCGGCCAUUAAGACAUUGAACUCGUUUGGCAGAUACGAGCAAAAGUAUACAAUGGUUGACAAUAUCUUUAGUAAACUGUUUGAAGUCCAACAAAAUGCCAAACAAACUAUUGAGAACUCGUCGUAUGUCUUGGGAUUGGAUUUGCCUACAGAUGGCCAUCAAUUGGAAUCAUUGUCACAGAUCAUCGAGAACUGUGCCUUCUUUGGUGAUAUAGUGCUUCGGUUGCCAGACAUCAGUCAUCGGGUGCUGACCACUCAUCACGAAUAUCAAGUGCUCUAUCGGUGGUGCAUCUCAUUUGCCAUCGCCAGUGAUUUGUGCGACAAAAACACACUUAAGAUGUUUGAUCUAUUGGCUCAAGAAUUGUCACUCGAGCCUAAAGAUGACUCUUACGUGAAUCCGUACAAGAAGUCAAACAAAGCUAAAAGUAGACUCAACAGUGAUAUACCAAUUGAGAGGACAAAUGGUGACAACAACAACAAGAAGAGUGCGAAACGCAUUCAAAAAGUUACUAAAAGAGGUCCAAGACUUUCAAAAUCAAAGACUGAACUCUGAUUUUAUUUGAUUUAUAGCUCAAACUGUUAUUAAAAUUAAUAUAUUUUCAGUAUUUGUUAUGACAUACAAAAUAAGCGAUAAAUUAAUGUAUUUAUUAUUAUUUUU